AAAAACUGGCCUGGUUUCUUGUGGGGGAGAGAUAUUGCAUCCGACGGGUUGUCCUGCCUCUUUUGCUUCGUUUCUUCUCUCUACGAAGCCCGCAAAACUUUCCUAAACUCCUAUAUCUCCAUUAACAAGCACCGAAGUCACCACUACGAGCACUACCGCCAUAACCACCAUCAUCACCACCACAACCACCACUACUAACUUACGGCUUUUUCGUCCCUCCGCCGGACCGCCAUAGAUGUCCCGCUUAGACCGCUCCCUACCUCUCGACUCCGUCAUCUCCCUCUUACAUCUCCCCUCCAAACGCAAUUGCGACUGCUGUGCCUCCCUUGACAUCACCCAAUCACUCCAUUUCGACGCCGCUGUUUACAUGCGAGAUGCCGACAUCGACCACACAGUACUCCAUUUCUUCGUCCGCGUAUUCUCUAAAACCCUAGUGCUCCAUGCUACCGCCGAUUCAACUGUUGAAUCCAUAAUCGCGCGGAUAAGCUCUGUUACUGGAGUAAUAUCGACCGAUCAUCGCCUCAUUUACCGCAAUCGGCUUCUUUCUGAAGGUUCGACCCUUGCCGAGUGCGCCAUCGAGAAGGACACCACUCUUCACCUCACAUGCCGACUUUGGAGCUCGAGGUUCCCCAGCUCAUGGCAGGUUCUCGACGAGAUGCUCUCUGCGAUCACAGACAUGCUUGCCCUUGGUGAACCUGACGGUAAAGGUAUUCCUAGUAUUGUAUCCCUUGUUAAAAAAUUCCUUGCAAUGACCCCCAAAAUGGAUGAUGAUGCCGUUGGGCAUUUUCAAGUUUUAAUUUCGGCAAAGGCCCAUAUUGCUUUUGUGAAACUUUAUUUGUCACAGUUCAAGCAAAUUAGAGCAAUUGGAAAAGAAGUCAUUUUCCUUUUCUUCACUUGGAAUUCACUAUACCUUUCGAAGCCUGCAUUCCUUCAGUGUACUCCAAUAUUGUUUGAAUUCUGUAAAUUGCUUGCUGGGACGGUUAGCAAGAUGGAUUCCCUUUAUAUUUCUUGCCGAAGCGCUCUGGGGUCUUUGCUAGUGUCUCAGGACCGAAAGUUUUACUUGAAUGGAACGAGGGAUAUGGUAACUAAGCUCUACCCUUUUGUCGCGGAGCUGUCUGAGGCAAAUUUCAUGUUUCCAUCAGAAAGAAGUUAUUUGGCAUCUGAUCGUGUUAUUGAUUUCUCUAACUUCUUAAAAGCUCUGCGACUAGCAAUACGAGGAUGGUUGGGAGGGGAAGGUUCCGUUCCGGAAUCAAUGUACAAGAGCCCUCUCGACAUGUGCGAGGAAUGGGCUACUGUUUUGCAUGCAGUAUUUCUAAAACUUCUGGAGAAAGUUGACCAGGGUCUAGAUAAUGUAGACCAGUUUAUGGUUCUGAAUACUGGUGCAAAAAUUGAUUCUGAGUUGGUGCGUUGGAGUAACAUUCUACCUAUUCUUCGUGAAUGCCAUAAUUUUGCUAAAAUUUAUGAGAAUGCAGGUCAGUUGCUGCACGCUGUUCUGCUUGCACGGAAAGUCCCCUUGAAUGCUCUCAUUAAACAUGUCGGGAGGAGUGAGGAUCAGCGUUGGCUUCUUAAGUUCAAAGAUAUCACUGAUUUUGAAACGAGAAAAAAAUUGGUGAUGAUGUUGUUCCCUGAUAGAAGUUCUGUUUUUCAGGAGUUUCAUGAAAUGCUUAUAGACAGGCCUCAACUGUUAAACGAGUCAUUUGAGUACAUUGGCCAAGUUGAGGCCAGUGCACUGCGAGGUGAGCUUUUUGUGGUGUUCAAAAAUGAAGAAGCUACAGGUCCUGGUGUUUUAAGGGAGUGGUUUCGUUUAGUGUGCCAUGCAAUCUUUAGUCCUCAACAUGUCCUCUUCUUGUCAUGUCCUAAUAAUCCUAGAAGGUUCUUUCCAAAUCCUGGAUCUGGUAUUGAUUCUUUACACCUCAAGUACUUUAGCUUUGUUGGACGAGUGAUUGCAUUGGCCUUGAUGCAUAAAAUUCAAAUAGGUAUCACAUUUGAUCGUGCAUUCUUCUUGCAACUGUCUGGCAAAACCAUCACCUUGGAAGAUAUUCAGGAUGCGGAUCCCUUUUUGUACAUGAGCUGCAAAAAGAUUUUGUCGAUGGAUGAUGAAAUUCUUGAUUCAGAUGUUUUAGGACUUACAUUUAUCAGAGAAAUUGAAGCACAUGAUAGUCACAGAACUGUUGAGUUGUGCCCUGGAGGGAUGAAAAUUGUUGUAAAUAGUUGGAACAGAAAGGAGUACGUCUCCCUUUUAAUUCAAAAUUGCUUUGUCACAUCAAUCGCUGAACAGAUUCACCAUUUUUCUCAAGGAUUUAGUGAUAUAUUUUCGGAAACAAAGUUGCACAAGCUUUUUUUUCGGAGUUUGGAUGUUGAAGAUUUUAACAAAUUAUUAGGUGGAAGUGAUGAUGCAAUUAAUGUGAACGACUGGAAGGCACAUACUGAGUAUGGUGGUUACAAGGAAAAAGAUUGUCAAAUCAGUUGGUUCUGGAAGAUCGUGGAAGGUAUGCAGGAUGAUCAGAAGAGGAGACUCCUUUACUUCUGGACGUCCCUAAGGCACUUACCAGUUGAAGGUUUUGGUGGUUUAAGUUCGAAACUACUUAUUUCUAGGACUUUGAAUUCACAGAACCGCCUGCCAACAUCUCAAACCUGCUUCUAUAGUCUCUAUCUCCCUCAGUACUCUUCUAUCUCUGUAAUGCACGACAAGAUACAGUUGAUCACUCAAGAACAUGUGAGCUGCUCGUUCGGAAUGUCGUAACCCUGUGGAUAAAAGCUGGAUAGGUAAUUUUGCACAUAGGCUAUAGAAAAUAUAAUGGUGAUUCUAAUGAUUACCAGUGUUUUUUUUUAGAAGAAAUGUCUAUCAUGUUUCCUAGUUUUAUUUAUUUAUUUUACGCCCUAUUUUCUUGGUACGGGGCCUUGAAACGAUCUUUGAUUCCGAUUGAUAUAGAAUCCUCUUUAUGCAAAUUUAGAAACUCUAAAAUAAUCAAUCCCAUUAAAUUUCUUCUUA